GCCGGGAGCCGCGGUCGGCGGGACUUCCGUGUUGGCGGGAUUCUGAACGCUGCCAUGGCUCAGACCGUGCAGAACGUUACAUUGUCGCUCACUCUGCCCAUCACGUGCCACAUUUGCCUGGGGAAGGUACGCCAGCCUGUCAUAUGCAUCAACAACCAUGUAUUUUGUUCAAUUUGUAUCGAUUUGUGGUUGAAGAAUAAUAGCCAAUGUCCAGCCUGCAGAGUCCCCAUCACUCCUGAAAAUCCUUGCAAAGAGAUUAUUGGAGGAACAAGUGAAAGUGAACCUAUGUUAAGCCAUACAGUUAGGAAGCACCUUCGGAAAACUAGACUUGAAUUACUCCACAAAGAAUAUGAGGAUGAAAUAGAUUGUCUGCAGAAAGAGGUAGAAGAGCUUAAGAGUAAAAAUCUCAGCCUGGAGUCACAGAUCAAGACUAUUCUGGAUCCUUUAACCUUGAUGCAGGGCAACCAAAAUGAAGACAAACAUCUAGUUGCAGAUAAUCCAAGUAAAAUUGACCCAGAAACUGUAGCAGAAUGGAAGAAAAAACUUAGAACAGCUAAUGAAAUCUAUGAAAAAGUGAAAGAUGAUGUGGAUAAGUUAAAGGAGAGGGGCAGUAAUGGUGUUUAUCAGUCACUUAAAGAAUUAACCCUCCACAACCCUGAUUGGUUUGCAUCCAUGAAGGUAAAUAAAAAAUUGAAAUUGGAAAACGGUGGCCUGGUGAGGGAGAAUUUACGACUGAAAGCUGAAGUUGAUAACAGAUCACCCCAGAAGUUUGGAAGGUUUACAGUAGCUGCUCUUCAGUCCAAAGUAGAACAGUAUGAACGUGAAACCAAUCGCCUCAAGAAAGCCCUGGAACGAAGUGAUAAAUAUAUAGAGGAACUAGAAUCUCAAAUUACACAGCUAAAAAAUUCAAGUGACAAGAAGGAAGCUAUGAAUUCCAUUUGCCAGAGAGCACUCUCUACAGAUGGCAAGGGGAGCAAUGACUCCGAGGAGGAUAUGGCAUCCAAGAAUCAAGGUGAUGGUGCCAGAAAGCAGCUUGGCUCAUCCACCUCUAGUUCUUACCUGGCAAAACCUUCUAGCAGUUCUGUCAGGCAGGAGAGCACCAGCAAAACAGAACCAAAUUGUGCUAAGAACAAAGACUUAUAUCAGAAACGGGUAGAGAUAAUGUUAGAUGUGACAGAUACAAGUAUGGAUACUUAUUUGGAAAGAGAAUGGGGUAAUAAGCCUAGUGAUUGUGUACCCUACAAAGAUGAAGAACUCUAUGAUCUUCCAGCUCCCUGUACUCCUUUGUCCCUUAGUUGCCUUCAGCUCAGUACGCCAGAAAAUAGAGAGAGCUGUGUGGUCAAAGCAGGAGGUUCCAAAAAGCACUCAAACCAUCUCAGAAAAUUGGUGUUUGAUGAUUUCUGUGAUUCUCCAAAUGUUUGUAAUAAAGAUUCUUCAGAAGAUGAUAGAAGUGAAAGUGAAAAGAAAUCAGAGUGUUUUACUUCCCCAAAGACAGGGUUUUGGGAUUGUUGUUCCACAAGCUAUGCCCCCAGCUUGGAUUUUGAAAGCUCAGAAGAGAACACCAUAGCAAACUGUGUUGGAGAAAUUUCCUCAAAAUUGAGUGAGAAAUCAGGCUCAUGUUUAUCCAAGAGGUUGAAUUCUCUCCGCUCUUUUGAAAUGAAUCGGACAAGAACAUCCAGUGAAGCAUCAAUGGACGCAGCUUACCUUGACAAAAUCUCAGAAUUGGAUUCAAUGAUGUCAGAGUCAGACAACAGCAAGAGCCCUUGUAAUAACGGCUUUAAGUCACUGGAUUUGGAUGGAUUAUCAAAGUCAUCUCAGUGCAGUGAAUUCCUUGAGGAACCAGAGAAGUUGGAAGAAAGAACUAAACCAAACCUUUCUAAAGGUUCUCUAACUACUGAUCAGUUAGAAAAUGGAAAUGAAUGGAAACCCAAUUCAUUUUUCCUCCUCUCUCCAUCUGACCAAGAAAUGAAUGAAGAUUUUUCGCUCCAUCCCAGUUCUAACCCAGGAACCAAUGAAGUCAAACCCCCAAGCUGUUUGUUUCAGACUGAGUUUUCCCAGGGUGUUUUGUUAAGCAGUUCACACCGGCUAUUUGAAGAUCAAAGGUUUGGGUCAUCUUUGUUUAAGAUGUCCUCAGAGAUGCAUGGUCUUCAUAACCACCUUCAGUCUCCUUGGUCUACUUCGUUUGUGCCUGAAAAGAGGAAUAAAAAUGUGAAUCAAUCAACAAAAAGAAAAAUCCAGAGCAGCCUUUCCAAUGCCAGCCCAUCAAAAGCAACUAAAAGUUGACUCAUUAGAAAUGUGUCAUUUAUGUUUUUGUCCUGAAAGGAAUAUAAGAUUUUAAAGUUACUUUUCCCCCCUCAUAAAAGCUCUAUACAAUUUUGAAAUUGAUAAUCUUUAGUCAGGUGUCAAGUCAGAAUGGUGAAUUAGCCUGUACCCAGGACGCUUUUAUUCGUUUUGAAGAGUUUGGUCUUUUUCAUUUUCAUUUGGGGAUCUUUUUGACCAGAAAAGGUAGGGAGAGGGUUUCUUUUUAAUGAAUAUUAUGUGUAUCUGGUUUGGGUAUAUUUUGGUUUUUUGAAUCUUGAUUUAACUAUUCAGAUACAAUGGCCUAUUAAUAAGCCUCGGUUAUCUUCAGAACUUGGAUUUCUCAAGUAAAACUAGUGGUGUUGUCCACAUUACUGCUCAUAAGAUACUUGAGUUUCUUUGAAGCUUUUUCUAGGGUGGAAAUUAUUUUGCCCCUGCCCCUUUUUAUUUAUGUUUAGUGGUAGCCUUUUGUGCAGGGCCACGUUGGAGAAACAGCACUCGAACCUUUGUCCAGUACUCGUUUACUUUUUUUUUUUUAAGGUUUUACGUAUAUGUUUGCAUUUUUAACAUUGUGUUUUGUCCAGUUUUUGUGAAAAUGUGUUGCUGGUAUGAAAGAAUACAUUUUCUAUAUGAAAAUAUUUGUUUUAUGUCAGGUAGUUUUUAUUUGCUCAGCAUUUUGUGUGUGUUGAAAAUCAGAAAUUGAGCCUACUUUAGCAAGAAGGCACGGAACAAUUGGGUUUGGAGGAUGGUGGCUUCAUUGUUUCAGAUGUACAGGUGCAGAAGCACUCAUUGCCAAGUUCUUGAUCCACUUAUGUCCCAGGGGAGCUUUUUUUGGAGUGGUUAAGUUCUUGUUUGCAUGUUACUGUUCUUCAUGGAAACUCUGUAUGCAUGGUAGCAUUCUUGCUUGCACUGUUUUCCUUAAGAAAAAGAAGUUUCAGUUGGCUAAAAGAUUAUCUUUUAUGUAGGACAAAAAAAUUUUUUCCAUAAAGAGUGUUAAGGGGGUGAGAAUAGGUGAGCUAAGCACAAUUUUUAAUUUAGACUCUGAAAAGGUAUAUUAUUCUAAACAUGUUUGGUAUGCCCAUAUAGGCCUUUAAAAAUGGUUUGUAUGUUAAUGACUUGUUUAUCUAAUGUGCACUGAACAUUUUACAUUAAUACUGUACUGUUUUACAUUAAUACUGCAUGCUUUUCUAUGUGAAUUGAAUAAAAGUUGUCAUAA